AUGCUUGGAUAUUCUCAACUAAUUCAUUUUACUAAUCGUUCAGUUCACGAAUUCAAAGAUCAAGUUAUCGAUAUCAGAAAUAUUGAUACACUCACCUGCACUCCAACAUCAAAUCUAACAGCGCUUCGUCAUACACAUCAUUUGGACGGACAACUCUCGAGUUUCACCUUUAUUUUGAAACAACGUUUAACCACCGAUACUAAACAGAUCAUUUUUAAUGUAGCUCAUGCCCGUGUGAUAGUCCAUAUGUUCAUUGCGAUAAGAUUUGGGGAUUGUCCGAAUGAUAUUGAUGAAUUGAAUUGUUCAUCAAACGAACAUGGACGUUUUGCUCACGGUCUAGACUCAACUGAUCAUUUACCUGCAAAACACGGCGCUCGGUCGAAGGUGAACAAAAUGUAUAUCGGCGAAGUUAUUAGCCGGAGAAAGCCAGUUUUGCCUGUAUUUAAACUCGGUAAUUUUCAUCGUGUGAAAGCAUCAUCUCCUAUCAAACAUAAACAGGCAAGUGGAAAAGAGCAGACUGUCUAUUAUCCUAUAACUGUAUCUGAACAUUGUUACAUUAAACCAUUGGAAGAGUUGCUCAUUACCGAUUCCAUUCCAAUCUCUUCCUGUCAAUCGAAUUUCAACACAGUUACUCAUCCCAAUAGAGGCGUUCGAUAUCCAAGUAAUCGAUCGAACUACUUUUGCCAAUGUCGACAAGGUUAUUCGGAUCUGUUUUGCAAUGAAUUUGAUCAAUGUUUUUGCUCGACCGAUUCCUUCUCCCAUUCAGCUGCGAUUUGUUCGCUCGAAAAGAAUCCGUCUAAAAAUGGAAGAUUCUGUGCUCCUCAACAUGACCCUAUUGAUCUCCAAGGCUAUUCAUGUUAUUGUAAAGAAUAUAUUUUGGAUGAAACUGUCAAUAUUACAGUUGUCGCGUUAGAUUUCGUUUCGAUCAAAUAA